AUGGCGCACAAUCUCAUCAGCAUUGAAGGCGGUCGUGACGUUGUGGGCGAUGUAUACAUCUCUGGUUCCAAGAACGCAGGACUGCCAAUCAUGGCAGCGUCAAUCCUCGCCUUGGGGGAAAGCACGCUGGAAAGAGCCCCCGUCCUGACGGACAUCGAGAAUUUUGCUAGCAUCCUCCGGUAUCUCGGCGGUACAGUCAUCUGGAGGUCAAACUCCCUGCGGAUCGAUACGACUCAUAUGGAAAGCCGGGAGUUACCCGCCAGUCUGACACGGACACCGCGGGCGUCAAUCCUCGCUCUGGGGCCCCUUUUGGCCCGUUUCGGGCAUGCAAAGAUCUCACUCCCAGGCGGUUGCACGAUCGGCAGACGUCCAAUCGACGAACAUAUUAGGGGCCUUGAAAAACUCGGAGCAUGCAUCACACUCACGCGGAGAGCGAUUGAGGCUCGAGUUCCUCGUACCGGGCUGCAGAGCGCAGUUCUUCAGCUACGUACACCCACCGUCACAGGGACCAUGAACCUGAUACUGGCAGCAUGUCGAGCCAGAGGCGUCACCCACAUCCGCAACGCCGCGCGAGAACCCGAGGUCGUGGAUCUGUGCCACUGUCUCAUCAGCAUGGGGAUGGUCAUCCAGGGCGUGGGGACAGAGCAUCUAGAGAUUUAUGGAAAGGAUACCCCACUUCAUCCGUACAACUACCAAGUCAUGGAUGACCGUAUCGAAGGCGGUACAUUUCUCGUUCUAGGAGCCAUGGCUGGCAACCCACUUCGGAUCCACGGGUGCCGCGAAGAGCACCAGACCGUACUGAUUGAGACACUCCGUACAGUUGGGGCUCAUAUCACCAUCGAGACACCAGCCGUCAUCAUGAUAAUCAAAGCCAGCAGGCCCAAGGCCAUAGAUAUCACAACGGGACCGUACCCGGCCCUUUCUACCGAUCUUCAACCACAGCUCAUGACACUACUGUCCAUCUCACAGGGCGUCAGCCGAAUACACGAAACGGUCUUUGAGCGACGAUUCAACCAUGUAGCGGGUCUACUGGCCAUGGGUGCGAAGAUACACCUUGUAGGACAGAAUGCCGUAAUUCAUGGCGUUGAAAGACUCGCUGCAAGUACCGUGGCAGCGACAGAUCUCCGGGCAGGAGCAUCUCUAGUGAUUGCUGCGAUAUCUGCAGAGGGUGUCACAAUCAUACAAGGAUUGGAGCAUGUAGAUAGGGGGUAUGAACGAUUGCGGGACAAGCUGAGUAGGAUAGGAGUAGUUUCGGAAACGUUGAUAGACCGCAGGAUCAAUUGA